GAUGACAGAAUUUUCAUUUCUGGAUAACUUUAAUAAUAAAUUGAAGAUUUUUAUUACGCUAAUAAUCAUAAAUUGAUGAUAAAUUCGUGCUUACUGCUCAACUUUUUGGGAUAAGCUAUAUUUAAGUGCUUUUAGUUGUAACACAACAUUGAUUGUGUGAAGUAACGUAGAUCCCUAACGAAAGCGCACAAUACUAGCAAGAUUUGAAAAAAAGAAGGAAAACUACUAGCUGUUAGAAGUGUAAUCAGUAAGAAGUUUAGUUUGGGUUAUUUGGUGACUAAAUGUGUAAAGGAGAGCUGCACAAGCGUGUCUUUGUGAUGUAAAGUCAUGUGAUGUCAUCCUUCUCAUGCUCCUCACUGUAUAAUGGGGAACUGCGAUGCCACUGCACGAGCGCUGCUUGAGGGUCUAAUAAUGUUCCAGUCCAGGACAUGUGGAUCAACAACCCACCAUCAAACAAGGAGCAUCACCGCUGUCGAGCGGGUUCAGUGACCUCUGCAUGUGUCUUGAAUUCUCUGUCGGGUCUUGAGGUAAGACAGGUACAGCAGGCUGAUCUCGCGCUGUGAGGCCUGAAUACAGAAUGCGACAAUUAUGCGGCCUCCUCUUCACACUUUUAUUUGCUGAGACAGUUGCUGAAAAAAAGUACUGUUGGUAUUUCGAAGGAGAUUAUCCAGUAUACUUCAUAUGCAAGACAUAUGAGGACUGCUGUGGAACACAAUGCUGUGUUCGAGCCCUUUCUGGUCAGAGAAUAUGGUAUUUCUGGCUGUUGCUGAUAAUUGGAAUUCUGUGCUGCUGCAGUACUGGGUACUUCAUUCGCAGACGUGUCCACCCUUACCCUCCACCUGGGGAACCUGAUUUUAACGUGGCCUUCACCAGACACCCCAUCAUAUCUCCAGGACUGCAUCAGGCUGGCUUUCACAGUUAUGGAGACUCAGAGACUGCAGUCAUUUCCACCGUCUACCCAGUGCAGACCCACCCCGGUCACGUGACUGCAGUGUAUUCAGCCCUGCCGUCCUACUACAGCCAGCCUCCUCCUUCCUAUGAUCAGGUCAUGCAGGGCUCGCAGAAGAAAUAAACAGAAGAACACAGUGUCCUGAGCAACAACGCUACAGAUCCUCAGUGACUUUUUGGUACUCAAACUUAAAGUCUGUGAGGUGAAAGGAAGAAAGAAAAAAGAAAGAAACUGAAGAAGCUCAAAAACUCAGGCAUCACUGGAGGAAACAAACUUACAAACUGGAGUAAGAGUACAAAAACAAAAAUAUAGAGACAUUGAAAUGCCUCCAUCUUUCUAUCAGCAUAAAAGACCGAGUCAGAGGUAAUAGUAGAUCUGUGUAACAAGAGCCUGCUUAUGUGUUAUAAUUUUACUAAAUUGUUAAAAAUCUUUAAAAAAGAGUGCUCUAAAAGUAUCAAACAUUUUAUUUCUUCACUUAUUGACUAUGAAAAUGUCAUUGACUGAAAUCUACUUCAUGGUACAUUUAUUUUUUUAACAAACAGAUCACCCAUAACCCCAAUAAAGUUGGUUUUUUAAAAGUUA